AUGAGAUCCCUUCUAGCCCUUAUUCUCCACUUGAGUAUCGUUGCGGGUCUCGCGAUCCGGGAUACUCCAAAGUUUGUCAAGAUCAAAGGCGUGAGUCUUCUUGGAAGUGGCUGUCCUGCUGGCACUGCCGACGUCCAAGUCGACGCCACCGGGUCACUUUUCGAAGCCACGUUCUCGGAAUAUGAAGUCCAGACUGGCCCGGGCACCCAGCCAAUCGACUGGCGAAGGAACUGCAAGUUGACUCUCAACAUGGAGUUCGAAUCGGGAUUCCAAUUCACCAUUGUCGAGACUGAUAUGAUUGGCUUCGCCGAGAUCCCCGUCGGAGUGAAUGGCCAAUGCACCAAUACAUUCUCCUUCACCGGCAAUGGCGCAGAGCAUGUCGACUAUAAGAUUGCGCUCAAGGGCCAUUACAGUGGCCGGUGGAUCACAUCAGCGGCAAGCUGA